AUGAGGGAAUACAAUAAUCAAGAUGUGAAAAUUAAUGAAACCGAACUUGAUCCAUGCAUUGCUGCCGAAAUUCGUAUGAAGAAAGCAUUAUUUUCACAAAGGACUCGACGUAAUCUAUUGUUUCUUUUCACUUUCAUUGCUAUAUUAAUCAUAUUUUCCAUUUUGCUCUUUCUUCUAUUAUCCAAAACAUCAUCAAAAGGAAAAGCCGUGCAAACAAAUGCAUCAUUACCUGAAGCAAAUUCGAAAAUUUCUCAUAGUCUUGAAAGCUCCAUUACUACUACUACACCAAAAUUUUCAACGAUGAAUGAUUCUUCUACGAAAGCAAUUGACGCAUCAUCUCCGAAUGCUAUUGAAAAUGACACCAAUACAUUUCAGAAAAGUAUCAUAGAUGCAAUUAAUUCAACAUUACAUUACUCAUCUAUGACUACGGUAGCAACUGCGCCAAUAACUACGGUAACAACUACAGUAAUCGCUCAAGCAAAUAUUGAUAGAGCUUCUGUUGUUUUGGUACGACCUACUAGUAAUAACAAUAUUAAUCCGAUGACAGCAACACCUGCUAUUAGAUCAGAUAAACAAACAGACGAAUCAAUUACUCCAUCAUCAUUUGUUGAUGACAACGAUGAAGUUGAGGAUUGCAAAGCACUAUUUAGUCAAGGUAAGACUAAAAGUGGAAUUUAUCAAAUAUUUCUACCAACAGUUGGCAAAUUCAAUGUUCUCUGUGAUAUGAAAACGAAUGGUGGCGGUUGGACAGUAAUACAAAAAAGGCAAAAUGGUCAAGUAUACUUUGCUAACCGUACUUGGAAUGAAUAUGAAAAUGGUUUUGGUGAUCUAACAACUUCAUUUUGGCUUGGUUUAAAUAAGAUACAUGCAUUAACCGCAAAAGAGAAUGGAAAUCCGGUAACAUUACGGAUUGAAUUACGCGGUGAUUUAUGCGAAGAUAAAAAUGGUUGCUCAAAACAACCAAAUGGUUAUUGGUGGGGUGAAUGGGACUUUAAUAUUGGUGAUGCAUCACAGAAAUAUUCCCUUUCGAUAUCAUCCGCUUUAGCGGGUAAUCUUUCCGAGCGUACAAUUACUGAUCGGUUUUAUUACAUGAAUAACGGGAAAUCAUUUACAACUAUUGAUCAAGAUAAUGACAAAUUUCAGGGUAAUUGUGCCCAAUUUCGCGAUUUUGGAGGUUGGUGGCAUAAUGAUUGCGGUUAUGUUGCACUAAAUGGACGAUACGGUGAUCGAACAUCAAAAAUGCGAAAUAUGUUUUGGUUUUAUGGUAGUGGAACACGUCCAUUUAUUAAUUAUUAUAUCAAACCACGCGAAACGGAAAUGAAAUUACGAUCGAAAAGCUAA